CGAUUACGGUUUUCAUAGUAAUGGUCUAUGUAUCGAGAGUUAUUGUUGUAUUCCUGCUGAUGCUCGCAGCUGUGGUCGAAAUGAAGCCUUUGGCUGAGCUAUUCGAAAAUCUUAUGAAGAAACACACAGAAAUAAAGAACCAGCAGCUCAUGCAGUUCAUUUCCAAAGCCGUUCCUUAUGGCAUAGACCCACCAAACCCUAAGAUUGCUGAGUAUGAAACCUUCAAAUCCGACAAAUCUGCGAACUUUGUACGUGAUGGUAAUGGAAAUGUGGUAUUCAGGCAAUACAGGCGUCUACGACUAGCUGAUGUUCUCCAUCGGCGCGGUCGCAGCGGUAUCUAGAAGAAGCAAUUAAUCACAAUACAUCUUCAUUAUGUCUCAGCGACAGCAGUCACUGACUACGAAGUGCAUUUCUCCUCUAAAUGAUCUCGAAAGACGCUUAACGUACCUGUUAUUAGUUGCAAAUUUUUCUUGAAAAAUGACCUCAUGUACAUAUUUCUUGCCUGUUACGAGUAUCAUAAAUUAUAC